GGCUGCUGAGGCUGGACUUUGCGCAGCGAUCGGAUCGGCGCUGACAGUCAGUCGCUGUGCGGCGCGCUGAGCCACCCUGCGGCACUUUCAUGGGCACCCGGAGUACACCCAGAGCAUCAUGUGAAUGACAGCGGCUGCAGCACGAACGUCGCUCUCACUCCUCGCAGCGAUGGCCAAGGGGCAGAAGGCAGCGGAGCGCUCGUCGGACAAGCUGAUGAUGAAAGGGUCCGAGCCUCAGCAGGAGGCUCACCCAGAUCAGAAACUUUCUGUGUGUAGCAAGCUAUGUUUCGCCAUCGGAGGAAUCCCGAACCAGAUAGCAGGUAGCGCCACGGCGUUCUUCUUGCAGAUCUACCUGCUCGACGUGGCCCAGAUCAACCCUUUCCAGGCCUCUAUGGUGCUGUUUGUUGGAAAAGCUUGGGGAGCUCUUACUGAUCCUGUUGUUGGAUUCUUCAUCAGCAAAAGCAAAUGGACAAAAAUUGGACGGCUUAUGCCUUGGAUGGUGGGCUGCACUCCCUUUCUGACGGUCUCCUACUUCUACCUCUGGUACGUGCCCCCCUUCACCAGCGGCAGAUUCAUCUGGUACCUCGGCUUCUACUGUCUCUACCAGACUCUUAUUACGUGUUUUCAUGUGCCUUACUCUGCUCUCACCAUGUUCCUGAGCACCAAUCAGAAGGAGAGAGACUCGGCCACUGCCUACAGGAUGACUAUGGAGGUCCUUGGGACUCUUGUCGGAGCGGCCAUCCAGGGUCAGAUCGUGGCCAGCGCCCACACGCUGAAGCACUGUCUGAACCACAGUGUUUCCGCGGACCAUCCGAUGAACACAAGUGUGGUGGAGAUGGGGGAUCAAAUAAUAAAGAGUCCAGCAUCGUCUGUGGACUUCCUGUCACACAUGAAAGAUUUGUACAUGAUCGCCGCUGGGGUGAUCGGGGGCACCUUCCUUCUCUGCACGGUCGUCAUGUUCCUGGGGGUUAAGGAGAGAGAUGAUCCUUAUGCACCGGAAACAGAGAAGUCCAUUCCCUUCCAGAAAGGAUUUGUGCUUGUGAUGAGGCACGGACCAUACAUAAUACUGACGGCAUCGUUCCUCUUCAUAUCCGUGGCUAUUCAGCUCGUGCAGAGCAAUUUUGUGCUGUUUUGCACAUAUGCUGUGGAUUUGCGAGAUCACUUCCAGAACAUUGUGCUGACAAUCCUGCUGUCUGCAGUUGUCAGCAUCCCGCUGUGGCAGUGGUUCCUCGAGAGGUUUGGCAAGAAGACAGCAGCCUUCUGUGGCAUCACGUGGAUCAUUCCCUUCAUCAUCAUGCUGGUUCUCAUCCCCAACCUGACCGUGGCCUACAUUGUGGCUGUCUCCUCCGGCCUGAGUGUGGCUGCAUCCCUGCUGUUGCCAUGGUCAAUGCUGCCAGAUGUGGUGGAUGACUUUAGACUGGCCAACCCCUUUUCAAAGGGACAUGAGGCCAUUUUUUACUCCCUCUACGUCUUCUUCACGAAGUUUGCUGCAGGGAUCUCCCUUGGGGUCUCCACACUGUGUCUCCAGUUUGCGGGGUACUCACCCCGGGCUUGCCAACAGCACCCCCCAGUGGUGCACACCCUCAAGCUACUGAUCGGAGUGGCGCCUGUGGCCUUCAUCGCAACUGGAGUGGUGAUUCUGCUCAUGUACCCCAUCACUGAGGAAGUGCGGAUCAAGAACAAAUUCUCUCUGGACCAACUCAGAAAACAGAACCUCAAUUCAAGAAGUCAUGCAGAAGAACUGAAUAAUGUAUAGACUCCUCACCACAAACAGCAGAGGACCCCUUCAAACUGGGACACUUCAUAUUCCAGUCCUCAGCCGUCAGGGCUCAGGCAGCCCGGACUCCCC